UCAGUCAGCUGUUUAUGAGAGACUGAUGGACCUGUGAGUGUGACUGAACACUGAAGAUGGACUCACUUCUUCUCCUCCUCAUCGUCGCUGCGUCAGGACUGUGUGCUGAGUCAUCACAAGUUCAACGAUGGUACUUUUUUUAUUAUGAGCCAAAGAGCCGAGAUGAAGCCCGGGCCUUCUGCAGAGACAAACACACAGACCUUGCCACCAUAAGCAGCAUGGAGGACGUGGACACCCUGAGGGGCAUGGCCGAUCUAAGCCAAAUGAUAAACCAGGAUUUCAGCCAUCGAGCCUGGAUUGGUCUGUACGACGACGUGGACAGCUGGAGGUGGUCGCUGUCAGACCCGAGUUUCUACGGUGACGGAGAGGCCGAGUUCAGACAGUGGUUGUCCGGACAACCAGACAACGCACACAGUGCUGAACACUGCACAUGUAUGUUUGAUAAUGGAUGGUGGGAUGAUGUACCCUGCACAGAAAACUAUACACCAGUCUGCUGUGAUGUCACAGGGCCCGAUGUGACCUUUGUCCUCAUCUCCACCUCCAUGUCAUGGACUGAGGCCCAGAGCUACUGCAGAGAACACCACACAGACCUGGCCAGCAUGAGAAACCUGGCAGAGAACCAGGAGGUGGAUCAGCUGGUUCCUCCUGGACAGAGAGUCUGGAUCGGCCUCUCCAGAGAGUCCUGGAAGUGGUUUGAUGGCAGCGACUCCUCGUUCAGGUACUGGAGUCCGGGGAUAGCAGAACCUAACAACUUAGACCCAAAGGAGGCUUGUGCUGCAGCAGACUUUAACAACAAAGGGGGCUGGGAGGACUGGACGUGUGACUGGAAGAGAUCCUACAUCUGCCACUCUCUGGUGAUCACUCAACAUGUGAUCAGAGUGAGCGUGCAGAAGAAGAAGAACCCCUCUGUGGAUCUGAACCACUCUGCUGUGAUGGAACACAUCCUGCUACAGCUCCAACAGCAGCUGAAGGACGAGGGGCUGCAUGCAAACAUCCGGCUGAGAUGGAGGAAGCAGCCGGAUGGAAACGUCUUCCAGAAGGAGGAGAGCGAGGAGCAGGAGGAGGAGGAGGGCAGAGUGACAUGUUGAACUGCUGUGGUUACAUUCAGGAGAGAAAACCCUUCUUCUCUUCUGAAUGCUCAACGUUAGACCUGAGUAGAGCUGCAACCAUGAGUCCAUAAGUUGCAGCAAUGAUUUGAUAAGUUGCAGCAAUGAUUUGAUAAGUUGCAGCAAUGAUUUGAUAAGUUGCAGCAAUGAUUUGAUAAGUUGCAGCAAUGAGUUGAUAAGUUGCAGCAAUGAUUUGAUAAGUUGCAGCGACGAGUUGAUAAGUUUUCUUGAUUAAUC